UCAGUGAAUCUGCGAGUUCAGUAGGGUGCUGCCGCAGGAGGACUUAACACGUCGCAUACGGACAUAGACCUGUGCGCCAACCGCUUCAACAGCUAUAUCACACACACCGUAGCCAUCAAUGGACGUGGAUCUGUGAUUUUCAACCGCACCGUUCCAGCGCAGUCCCCGGGACGCAAGGCGAGGCUCAGCAUUCCGUUAGGCCGGUGCGUGUUGGUCUCCGACAGAAGAGAUGGGCACGGUGCUGUCGAUCUCCCCCACCUCAAGAAAGGGGGGUGUCCUGGAUGAGAAGCCCGAUGCGGGACAUGCGGCCAGUGGAAAAACAGAGAAAAGUCUUAAACGCCAUUCGGUAUUAAUAUCAGCCCUGACGUGGAAGCGCCUUGUCGCUGCCUCGGCAAAGAAAAAGAGUGCCAAGAAAGUGAACCCGAACCCUCCCGUCUCUCAGGUCAACAACCCAGUGGACCAACUGAACAGCGAAAAUCUCAAGAAAUCUCAGCAAUCGGGGUCGGAGCGCAAAGCAUCCAAGCCAGGACCACUCGCCGUGCCUGUACCGACGGUACCUGAUCAAAGCCGACGCGGCAAUCAGACGCAGACCGUCCAACAAAAUGCCAAGCAGCUGAUCGCGGUCCAAAAGCAGCCCAGCAGCCGCUCACUCAUCUCUCCCAGAAGGGUUAUUGUCCAGGCAUCCACUGGGGAGCUACUGCGCUGUCUGAGCGAGUUUAUGUGCCGACGGUGUUACAAAUUAAAAGAGCUCAGUCCCAACGAGAUCAUAUUGUGGUUCCGAAACGUGGACCGCUCUCUGCUGAUUCAAGGGUGGCAGGACCAAGGCUUCAUCACACCAGCCAACCUGGUGUUUGUCUACAUGCUCUGCAGAGAAGCCGUGACGGAGGACAUCUCCACUGAAUAUGAGCUGCAAGCCACCUUUCUCACUUGCCUCUACCUGGCUUACUCCUACAUGGGCAACGAGAUCUCUUACCCACUCAAGCCUUUCCUGGUGGAAACUAACAAGGAGGUGUUUUGGGAGCGGUCGCUGCGGGUGAUUGACAAAAUGAGUGCCAAAAUGCUGCAGAUCAACUCUGACCCGCACUUCUUCACCGAGGUGUUUCAGGACCUGAAAAACGAGGGGGGAUCAAAGGACAGCAACGGGAAAUGGACAAAUAACCUGGACCGUUAAGGUGAACAUCAUCCAGGGGAGAGAGAGAAAGAGAGAAGCUAUUUGAUACCUCUCCGAACCCCGUCCUUUGAGAGGGGAUUGAAUGUAAGCACCGGCGGCUGACUGUGGAACGGUGCCACGCACCACAGCCGGUAUAUGAAGAAGGGACUAGGGGGCCCGCUUCACCCCUGAGAGAUUUUCUCCAUGUUGUUACAUGUGUAUAAUAAACCACCACGGUGAUCCUGUGAAUGUCAGACCACCGGAAGCUCUGGGGUUUUAGGGGGAUAGCGCUACUGUACUCUUUGCAUGCUUACAAAGUAUUCUAACUGUAUCUCCAUCGUGGCUUUUUAAAGAAAAACAAAACGGCUACCUGGUGCAAGGCUUCAAAUGGGGGAAGUGAAGUGUUAGCUAGUAUGUCAGUGUUCGGGUAAUUUAUUUCAGUAUUCGUUUCUCUUCGUGGCUUGGGGGACAGCGUUUUGUCGCCGCUCUCCAAGGUGCUGGCCUAUGGCAUACACAGCACACGUCUACUGUGGCGCCUGAAACUCUCUAUCUGAACGUUGAAUGUACAAUUUUACAACAAAAAAGAAUCUUUGCCGUCAUAUGUGCCAAUUGUUAUAGUAUAAAGCGUAAUGUUUUAUAAUGUACAUUUCAGAAAUAUAUCAAUACAGCCAAA